UGACUGUCCUUCAAUGAAACCCAUGGAUAGUAAAAUCAAGUCAAUAUUUGAACAUUUCAAUAAUAUUUUGGGAAAUUUUUUAAUGACUACUGGCUAUAAAGUAACAAAAUCAUGAUGGAACAUUUGACUUUUUCAAACAAAAAGCAAGGUCAUAUAACUUUCCUCAACAUUAUCGUCCAAUAUAUCCUUUCCUCAAAAACAACAUGACUAAAAUCCAUUUCUCAGAGGGCUUAUCUUCAUUUUAUCAUAAACUGAUUGCUGGUAAUGUCUGGGAGAGGAACAGGUGCUACAAUCUGAGUUAUGGCCCCGCUGGAUGAUGUUAUGUUGCUAUUUCCCUCCCGUGACUAAACCAGUCCAGCCAGACAAAAUGACAAUGUGUUAAAGUUUGAGACAACCAACUCAUUUUCAUGGACAACAUGGUCCAUCAAGCUACUGGACAGUUGCUGACUCAGAGCGGAAAGAAAAACCAUAGGAGUGCACACUCACCGCAAAAGACUGGCCCUGAUAAGGUCCUACUCUGACACACCGGUCCCUGUAAAACCACCACUGAGGUAAGUUGAUGGCUAUAGAGUUCAAGGGGAGGAGGAAGAAUGGGUAAAAGAAUGACCCACACUUUAUAGAUCUCCAGUGGGAAGCCCUGGAGUGUGAGAGUCCCUCUAGGAUGCAGUAUAACUGUAAAUGAAGUGUGGAAGAAAGAAGCGAUAUAAAGAUAGAAGGUGUCAAAGGAAAGCUAGCAAGCAAAUAAGAAGGCAAGACAGAAAAAAGGAAUGAAGGAAGAAAAGAAGAAACAAAAAGAGCAAGAAAUCAACUAGGAACUAUUUAAAGGAAGAAAGCAAAUAAAAACAAAGGAAGGAAAAAAGAAAAAUGAAACUGGAUCUCAGAAAGAAGCAAGGAACCAAGGCAGAAAGAACAAGAGAGCAAGUAAGAAAGAAAGAAAGUGUGAGAUAAGUAAGCAAAAGAGAAUGAAAGCAAGGAAGAAUGAUUUCAAACCACUAAAACUAGCAAGCAGGAAAAAAAAAGAAAGGCCAUUAUUAACUGGGAGUUUAAAAAAACUGAUGUUGAUAGCUGUAUAGAACCACUUUGCUCCCUGCCUGAGCCGCCAGCUGGGAUAUUUGCAUAAGCAGUAAAAGAGAAGGAUGGACAGAGGGAGAGAGAGCGAGAGAGAGGGAGAGAGAGAGGGAGGAAUCAUACCAGACACUCCCACAACCUAUAAAGCACAACCAUACUGAAACACUCAGUGAAACCACACGUGGGUCUCUGUUCAGGGGGGAGAGCCAGCACUGCACAGGGACAGAGCGCCGGAGAAGGAGUGUGCAUGUGUGUUUGAGGAAGCAAGACGCUGAUUUCAGCUCAUGUAGAGAAGCGCUGAUGGGAUGUGAGUGAGUACAAACAGCAAAUUCAACCCUUCAGGAUCAAUUCUCCAAGUCUGACUGUAAAGAAAACUCAAUUCAAAGGGUCUGUAGAGGCAGAGCAAUGUAAUACCAGAGCGUAACUGUACCAGAGGACUAUUCGGAGAGCAAACAAGUGCAGGAUUGGUUCCAAAUCUGAGAGCCUCAUGCAUUACGAACUCUAGAGUCUUGCAAGAAACGUUCAAGAUUAGCGUGGAGAGGUUUGGAAGUUUCAGCACCUGCUGACAAUGUCUUUCGCGAUGGUGCGACCGGCUCCCAGCCGUUACCUGUACUCGGAGAUCUCAAUGAUGUCGGAGGACGAUGAAAACGGCAGCGAGAGCUCGGGCUCAGAUGACCGCUCAUUUCGCUUGGAUGCCUCUGGUUACGAGGUUAAAGUCGGAAGAAAGAGAAAACCUGGAGUAAGUGGUGGCGGACGACUGAUUCCGACGCCACCCAAUUCCACCAACAUAAUUGGUCCGUUGCCAGAGGGCCGUCAACGCAACGCAGCCAACGCACGGGAGCGGGACCGCACCAACAGCGUCAAUACUGCCUUCACCGCAUUGAGGACUCUCAUUCCCACAGAGCCCGCCGACCGGAAGCUGUCAAAGAUCGAGACCUUACGGUUGGCAUCCAGUUACAUAUCUCACCUGGGAAACGUUCUCCUGGUGGGUGAAGCUUGCGGGGACGGCCAACCGUGCCACAGCGGAGGGCCCUCAACCUCAAACUACUACCACCACCACGGCUCACCCAGCCGGGACUCGGAGAACUCGCAGCCCAAACAGAUCUGCACGUUUUGCCUCAGCAACCAGAGGAAACUGAGCAAAGACAGAGAGAGGAAAUCAGCCCUGAGGAGUUAAGCCACGACGUGAAUGGAUUUACAGAACAUUAGCAUCACCAGUGUACAAAAACUGUUGACUGCAAAUGCAAUGUUAUGGUGUAUAUAUGCAAAUAUCAAUUCAUAUUUAAUUAUUUGUAAAUCGCCUUUGGACUGGAUCAUUUUUAUUGGAGAAAAAAAAAAAUAAAAAAAAAUGUAUGACUGGAAAAAGACCAGACUGCAGCGACUUGAUUACGCAAGAGCUGAACAUCCCGCCACAGACUUCAUCCAUUUCCACCUUUUCCAUGCUUUUACACACCAAGCUACACCAAAUGUUUAUCUUUGACCACAGGGAGAUGAGGUAAAGCUAUUCGCCAAAGACUAUCCAAAGAAGAGGACAGCAUUCACAAGGUUGCAAACAAUCAGAGAUGACACAGCGUAUAAUGACGGAACAUCCUGCUAUAUUAAAAAUCUCUGGAGGACUCAUCUCUGGAUUGUGCUCAUAUCGAGGACAUGAAUGGAUGCAAACUGAUGUGUGACACGUUAUUUCUGACAAAAACACAAAAGACACUUAGCCUAACUAUGAAAACACAAAUUCAAUAAAUGCAGUAUAUACUGUAUGUCUAAUAUGGCAAAUUACAUAUAUUCCUCAUUGUUUAAAUUAAAAAUUACUGAACAAA